CUUUAUUGUCAUCUCAAUAAUCAUCCUAAUCUUUCCAAUCCUCCCACUAAAGUACCUACCUAUAUCAAUUAUAAACUAGCAUAAUGCCUAGUACCAAGCGUUCCAGUGGCAAUAGCCGCAUCAAUGGGAGACAGUCGACAUUGUCUUUCAACCACCGGGUCACCAAGUCCCUGCCCAAGUCAGCCAAGGACCUGGACUCCAAGCCAGUGAAGCAGAGCCCAUUAGCGACCCAUGUAUCAUCCAUUAAGUUGGAAGAGCCGGCUAGCAACGAAGAACGGGCGAUCAAGGAUGAGUUUGAGGAAAAGCCAAUUAAGGAUGAAUUCGAAGAAGAGCCCCAAGUCGCGCAGCCGGAACCGAAAGUGGAGCCUGAAAAGUCCGAGGCGGAGUUGCGCGCGCAGAAGAUCACCGAUCAACAGAUUAAUAGGUAUUGGCGAGGACUAGAAAACGAGCGUAGAGCGAAGAGAGUCCACCAAGAAGACCUAGCUUUAGCGGAGAAGGUCUUGCGAUAUUGGGAUGUCAGUUCGCAGUAUGGGCCUUGUGUUGGGAUGGACCGCCUGAAGCGAUGGAAGCGGGCUGAAAAACUAGGUCUCAAUCCGCCACUAGAGGUCCUCGCUGUGCUACAGAAGGAAGAGACGAAAGGCACCAAAGGCAUUGAAAACACACAUAUGGAUGAGAUUCUCAAUUCGACCGCUAUUGGUGCCAUCUAAGAUUGGGCACGGGGUGAUGACCGGUUUACGUCUGAUGGUGGAAACUAUAUAUUAUGGCGGGAAAUGGCGGGGCCUUUGUUCCUUGAGAUGCUCAUGAUGCUUUUGCGCUGGCGUUGGGGAUUGUUGAUAUUUGCUCUGCUGGAUUUGCUAAGACUCACUUGCAAUUGGCUAAAAAUACCA